AUGGCCACUCAUCAUUACCUUGACGCGCGACUCUACCACCAGGCAGGCUUGCACCACCAGCGCAACAGGUCGCGCGUCUGGUCCUACCCCGACGACCACCUCUUCUUCCGCACGCGUCCGGGCUCCAGUGGAGGCAGUAUGCUCAUGCAUAUGCGUCUACAAUCAGUUUCGCGAGCCCUGCUUGAUGACGGAAGGGAUAGCAUGUACUACCUCGGAACGGGCGCCAAUGAUACCUCCAACAACGGACAAUCUCUACUAGGCUCAUUGGUUGGCGGAAAGGAGGCGAGAUCGAAUGGCAGGCUUGAGUUAAUCGUGACCAUGCCUGAGGAUGUAUUGUAUGAGAUAUUCAGCCAUCUGCAUCCGCUCGAUUUGUUGCACCUCUCUCGUACCAGUUGGGGUUUGCGCAGGCUCCUCCUCGCACGCCACGCUCGUGGGGUCUGGCGAGCAGCCCUGUCGAGCGUGCGAGCCCUUCCACCCUGCCCGAACGACCUUACCGAGGUUGCCUACGCAAGUUUGGCGUUCGACAACUGGUGCCAUUUCUGCUUCGAGCUGGAGGUCGAACAAAUCUCUUGGAUAUGUCGUGUACGGUGUUGCGAGAACUGUCUGAAGGCGGAGUUCAUUUCGGAGGCCGAACUGGAGUUCCGGAUUCCUGAAGACCUGUUCAUCGAGCGACCAGAUUCAAUUUUCCCCUACCUUUCUCCUCGGCCGACACGGAGAGGUACCAAGAGCGGCAACCGCGUACCGCUCUAUCUCACCUCAACGGCGAAUGAAUACCUCCAAGAGCUAGAUGACAUCGUCUUUAACAAAGAUGACAAAGCCCUCUCCCAAUGGAGCGAGCGGAAACGCGAUAUACAGGCCGAGAAGCUGACGCACGCGGCCCUCUGUGAAUACUGGGCGACGCACUGGGCGUACCGCGCGCCACCCCGUCCCUCACCGUCCUGCAAAAGCGAGCUUGGUAUCGUCAGCGCGCUACUCGUUCUCCUCGCGUUCAUGUGGCGCGAGACACUCGCUAGGCUGUAUGUGGGUGUAGGUGCCGCUGUGGUGGCGAUCACCGUCAGUGCUGCUAGCGAGAAGUAA